AUGAAUCCGACAAUGAAAAGUAAAAGAAUAAACUUAAAUAUUGAUGGAAGAAGUCGUCGCAUAUUAGGUCUACUUAAAACAACACAACCAGCUAAUACUACAGAAAACAGAACUGGCAUUCGGCCACCUGACAAGCCUGAAACUACAGAAGUAAAUCCAUUGAAACAGUAUGCCAGUAUAAAUGACACCAAUACGACUGAGAAAAUUGACAAUGUAGAUCAGUUAUCAAAUGUACCAAUAGGAGAGAGUAUCGUCGGUGAAAGUGACACCGAUAUCACUGAGAAAAUUGACAACGAAUGUACCAAUAGGAGAGAGUAUCGUUGGUGA